GGAGACGGCGGAGGCGCCGGCGAGGACUGCGGGCUCUCUCCUUGCGCUGGUGCGGAGCGGGGCCCCCUCGGCUCCACGCAGGUGUCAGGCCGGGGGCCGGCGUGGGGCGGCCGCAGCCCCCUCCCUGCAUGAGCGCCGGGGCGCGGGGAAGUUGCUGCCCGCCUGCCAUUUUGGUGCAGCCCUCGCGUUUGGCUGAGGAUAUUCCUCAUAACUGUUCCUAUCCAGGACAGAGUAUAAAAUGGGGAGAAAACUGGAUCUUUCAGGCUUGACUGAUGAAGAAGCAGAGCACGUGCUCCAGGUGGUUCAGCGAGAUUUCAGCCUUCGAAAGAAAGAAGAAGAAAGGCUGAGUGAAAUGAAGCAGAAGUUGGAUGAAGAGGGUAACAAGUGCAGCAUCCUUUCCAAGCAGCAGAAGUUCAACGAGCACUGCUGUAUUCGCUGCUGUACUCCUUUCACAUUCCUUAUCAACAGCAAGCGACAGUGCCAGGACUGCAAGUACAACAUCUGCAAGAGCUGCAGUUCUUAUCAGAAGAAGGAGAAGGCUUGGAUUUGCAGCGUCUGCCAGCAAGCAAGGCUCCUAAGGACCCAGUCUCUGGAUUGGUACUACAAUAAUGUCAAAAGCCGCUUCAAGUGUUUUGGAAGUGCCAAAGUCCUGAAGAACUUAUACAAGAAGCAUAGACUGGAGAGCGGAGGUUGCCCUGAUGUAAUAGAAGGAGGGUUUCUUGAAGGCAGCUUUGAAAAUGAAGGAAGCAUUUGUGGCAGUGACUCUACAUUCUACCGACAGACAGAAGGACACAGCAUGAUGGAUACCCUUGCUGUGGCCUUACGUGUUGCAGAGGAAGCAGUGGAAGAAGCUAUUUCGAAGGCAGAGACCUACAGUGACAGCCUGGACAAGCAGAAUGAGGCUUGUUACUUGCAGGAGCACAAGGAGGACCUCAUAGAAGAGCUGGCCACAACCAUCGUGCAGAAGAUUAUAAAGAAGCAGAAAAGCAAAGCUGAGCAGGCUGAAGCUGACUUCGAAUGGCCACCAUCCAGGAGCAGUGGCCUGGCAUCGGUUGCUGUCUCAGAUCAGAGCAUGCUGACUUUCCCAGGGAGCCGCAGGGGGUCCUACACGUUGUGGAGGUCUCAGUCUGCAUUCUCCCUGGCUAGUGAAGAUAUGCCCAGUAAAGGACUCGACCCUGCAUCAUCUGUGACUGAGGCUCUUUGGAGGCAGCAAAAAGGCCACUCGAGGAAGCAGAAGGAACGCAAGCUCUCUGCGUUACCCAGCUGGAAGAGUGUGGACAGGCUAAAUGAAACAAAUCUGCCUUCUGUGUUUCAAAGCACUGAUGGGAACUGGGUGGCUCUGCAGAACGUCUCUUUGCCUCGUCCUCGGAUGCUCGCCAAACCAAAAAGUCAAGUAUUUGAAGCUCUGGAGAAUGAAUCCAGCAUUGUGUCUGCCUACGAUGAGAUGGGCUCAGACAGUGAGGAUGACUACGACUGGAAUGUGGCCUUGAACAAGCUGCGUCGGAGACCUCGGCAGUUACCAGGCGAUUUCUGUUAUGCCAGUUCCCAGUACGGCACUGGCUGGGUUUAUGGCAGUGAUCAGUACCAGGCAGUGACCUCCCCUUCCUCUGGGUUAUACACCAAUACCGAGACACUGUUCUCCGAUUCGGAAACAUCUUCACUCAACUCUUCCCAGGAAGCCAAAGGAACUGGCAAACUUCUCUGGUUACAAAGCAGACCUCAAAGUGAUGUGCCCAGAAUGGAAAGAAAGCAUUUCCACGGGGAACUGGAUGUGAAUUUCAACCCGCAGGCCACAAACCUAGAGUACUCGGACAGCAGCGAGACUGAAGAGGUCCAUUAUGAUUUAGAAAAGAGAUCGAGAAGGUGGAGGAAGAACAAAGCAGUCUCUGAAGAGUUCUGUGAAGAAAAAGACUGCACAAAAGGCGACAAGAUGAAUUCAAGUCAGGAUUUUGAUGAUUUAUCUGAAGCAGAUAGAAGCAGUGAAGGUCAGUGUCAUCAUAGCAAGCCUGACCUUACGGAGGAGGAACUUAAAUCCAGGUUAUUUCAGCUUGCUGCUAAAAUGAGUGACAAGGAAACAUCUUCUGGUGAAGAGCAGGAGUCAGAACCUAGAACAGACCCUGAAAACCAGAAGGAGAGUUCAUCCUCGGAGGAAAACGGUGGCAGAAGCAUUCAGGAAGAGCUCCAGAAGGUAAGUGGUCACUGGAGGGAAGUGGGGACAGUAUUGUGA